GUCUUUCCGUCUUUCCGCUUUUUGUUGGGUUCUUUGGUUCUUUGGUUCUUUGUUCCUUUGUUUCUUCCGAGCGGCUUCCUUCGCCAUGGAGCUGCUCAUGGCCGCGGGCCUCGGGGCCAAGGAGCUCUUCACCUACAACCGAGAGAACUUCAAGUUCGAUCAAGACCAAAGGAUCGAACGCGAGGCUCUGCGCCUGGAGAUGCAGGUGAAGAGAUUCGAGCUGUUUCGAGAAGAUGUCCGGGAUUUGGUGGAGCUCACGGUGGACAGGAUGGACGUGUACCACUUGGUGGGGGCGCUGUUCCUGGAGUUUUGCAUCGUGCUGUUCUGUGAAGGGCGGGUGCAGGCAUCAGCGCCUCCAUUCCUACUCUCCCUAUUCCUCCUCUCCAAUGCCUGUGCCUUCAUCUACCUGUUGCUGGCAGUUUGGCUCAGUAUGCAUGCCUCGAUUGCAUCGCACAGCUUUGGCGUGCGCUUGCUGACGAGAUUUGUUCGCUUGCCGAUCCCCAGCAUGAAGCAGAUUGCUGGGCUCAGGAGCACGCUCAAGGACUACGAGCGGCAAGGAGUUGCAAAUUUGCUUCGCCUGCCAUUUCAGGAUCAGCAGGAGUGGCAGCAGGUUCAUGGGAUCGAGGAAUCUGACUCGCAGCCGUCCCAACCGUCCCAUCCGGAGACGCGGGCGCGGCCCGAAAAGACGCCGGCGCCGGUGGCGCCGGUGGCGCCACCGCCGCCGGUGGCGCCGGCGCCAGCGCCGGUUGCUCCCAUGUCUUUUGGGCCGGGCCAUGACCGAUCCGAGCGAUCCGAGCGAUCCGAGCGAUCCGACAAAGCUACGACUCUGGGGAAGCCACUGGACAGCCAGGCGAAGCAAGGCUCAAACCAAAUCAACUCAGGACAGAACUUGUUGCCCGAGCAGGACGAGACAGUCAUCGGGGGCGAGGAUCUGCUGUCAUGUUCACGCGGAGCACAGCCAGAGCGCCACGUGCAGCUGUUUCGACAGCUGCAGUCGAAGUGGCAAUGCUACGAUGCAUACUGCCGGGUAUGCAUGGGAUUGGGCGUCAACCAGAUUCUGCAAGGCUUGAGCUACUACUGCAUUUGCCAUACACUGGUUGAAAACAGAUCGCCCACAACGGGCUACGCGCUCGUGACGCUAUUCCAGAGCACGACCAUCGCCUUGGCAGUUCUAGACCUGGCUGGGUUGAGACGCAGGGAGAUCCUUGCAGUGCAGGUGGUCGGCAUCAUGCCCUGCUUGCUCACAGCAUGGGGUGUGGCACACGGCAAUAGAAUUGAAGGUGGUGUGCUGGAUCCCGCUCAGACGUACAUGCUGUCUCCCCUGAGCUUCCUGUGCCAGGUUCUUUGGCUGGAGCUAUGGUUGCGCGUCGCAGCUCCACAUGGGGAUGACCAAGCAAAGCUGCCUCGACGAUUUCGCCAGGUGCUCUUCUUAGACGUGUUCGGCGACUCUUCAGGCUGGGAUCCUCAUGACAGGGACAACAACUGUGAGGACGACGUCAUCGAGGGGGAGAUGUUCAAACAGCUCGGUGCCAAUGCCAAGGAAGAGGAAAAGGAUGCGGACGACGAGGCCUUGAUCGCCGCAGCGCAGAGGGCUUCUUCUCAACUAAUGAUGGCUCAGUGUGGGGUGCGGCGCUGGAGUGCCGCCCCAAGCUGGGCGCUGUCACGGCAGCAGCACAAGGAGCUGGAAGCCCUGCGAGACCAGCUCAAGAACUGGGGCAGCACGAUUUGUACAGAGCUGGAGCGGUGCUGUCGCCUCAAGGGGAUCACGGAGGCUCUCCGGAACUUGGAGAAGGAGCUGCGGGCGUGGUCAGAGCUCUCCUUGGAGGAGCAGUCGGCGGAUCCGUUCGCUGGCUGUCUGGUGGGCCCUUUCGAGCACGAUGAUGGCUACAAGACGGCAUGCUACCACUUUGAAAUUGAGACGCAGCGCACGCUCUUCGAAGAUGCUGCCAAGCAGUGUCCAGGUGCUCUGGUCCUUUCACUGCAGGCAGUGGCCGCGCUGAUCAAGGACUUGGAAGAAGCCGCCCGCACAUUGCUGGAGCUGCGCAGCACACUCAGAUGUCUAGCCGAGUCUAGCCGGUGCUGUUUGGAUGCAAUGACCUUCAACCUGUUGAAAUACUCAGUGAACGGCUUUCGCACGAUUAGGCGAAGGCUCUUCUGA